AUGUUUGAAAAAAUGUUGAAGAAGAUGAAAGCGUACUUAUUUUCCAAAGAUAAAUCAUCAACCAAAGAUGCUUCCAAUCUCUGCCUUUGCAUAACCACUCUCCUUCUUCUAAUACCUCUUGUUGCUGCAAUAUCAAUGAGAUUUCUCAUACCAUGUUCAGGUUAUGCCGAGUUAAACAUAGAUACUCAAGAUGAAGCCCUAUAUCCUGUAAAUGACAAAUUUUUAAGCUUGGGCUUGGACAGUACGGUAAUAACUGAAGGAUUUAAACAUUUUAAUGUUUCUAAUCCAAAACUUAUACAAAUGAUUAAAUAUUUGUCACCAGCCUAUCUUAGGAUUGGUGGAAAUCAAGCUGAUCAAUUAAUAUUCACAAGAAACAACUCAAAUUUAAUUAACCAAAAAUCUUAUGUUUUACAUGCAUCUGAUUGGUUAAAAUUAUACAAUUUAGCCAAAAAAGCUGAAAUAAAUAUAAUUUAUGAUUUAAAUUCCUUAUUAAGAAACGAUAACGGAUGUUGGAAUUCCGAAAAUGCCAUCGAUAUGAUAAAUUUCUCACAAGAAAACGGACUUUCAGUUGAUUGGGAAUUAGGAAAUGAACCAAAUUCUUACCCUCAUAAGUUUGACGCCUAUGUGAAUGCUACCCAAUUAGGUUUGGAUUACCAUACUCUAAGGGAUAUUUUGAAUUCGUACGAUUUGUAUAAGAAUUCUUUACUAGUAGGACCGUCUACUACUAGAUUAAGAACUAAAGAGAUUGAGGAAUAUUUAGGUGAUUUUUUAGAGAGCGGGAUUGAGGCUGUUAGCGCUAUAACAUUUCAUCACUAUUAUUUUAGUGGAGAGGAUGCAACAUGGGAGCAAUUUUUGGACAUAAAAAACUUCGAUUAUUUAGAAGAAUGCAUUGAAAUAGUUAAUAAAGUAGUGGCGCCUUUUGCUUCAAAAUUGAAGCCCCUCUGGCUAGGAGAAACUUCUACAGCUUGGCACGGGGGCGCUCCAAAUUUAUCAGACAGAUUUAUCGGGAGUUUCCUUUGGCUAGACAAACUUGGUCUCAGUGCGAAAUUGAAAAUCGAUUUAGUUGUCAGGCAAAGCGUUUUUAAGGAUAAUUAUGCUUUGAUUGAUAAUAAUUAUGAUCCUAAUCCUGAUUGGUGGGUAAGUUUGCUCUAUAAAAUGGUUGUCGGUCCUGAAGUAAUUACAACACAGUUUGAAGGAGAUGAAACAAUAAGGCUUUAUGCACAUUGUGCUAAAGGAAAUAAGUUGUGGAAUAAUGGUUCUACUGUUGUAGUAUUUGGUGUAAAUCUUAGCACCAAAAACGGUUACGUUAACGUUAAGGAACUACAUUCAGAUAAAAUAAUGUACUCCUAUGUGCUCAAUUCAGAUAACUUAUUUUCACAGUAUAUAAAUUUAAAUGGCAAAACGUUGGAAUUAAAAAACGAUUUAUCGCUGCCAGAUAUUAAACCCAACGUUAUAGAGAGGAGUACGGAUUUGAAGAUGCCCCCUCAUUCUAUAGUGUUUUGGGUGUUUACGAAUACAAAUCUUAAGGCUUGUAUAAAAACUUGA